GCGCUCACCAUAGAGCGGGAGCCGGCGGGGCGCGCUCCCCACCUCUAGCUCUUGGCAUUUCCGGUUCGAUGCGCGUCAUAUCCGGGCGGCUCUGAGAUGCCGGUUAAAUCGAAUGUUUGCCCAACACAGCUUCUUGCAGGAAGACCACCACACUGUUUCUCAUUUAGGAAAAUUGAGAAUAAACAGGGAGUGUUGUUCUCUCUGAGUUCACAAAAUUGUGCCUUGCUGAGGAUAGCUGCAGAAAUCGGAAACUUGAAUCAAUGUUAUCGGAUGAGUUAGAAUCCAAACCUGAGCUGCUGGUUCAGUUUGUUCAGAAUACUUCUAUUCCACUGGGACAAGGGCUGGUGGAGUCGGAACCAAAAGACAUCACCUGCCUUUCUCUCCUCCCUGUCACUGAGACCUCAGAAUGCAACAGGCUGAUGUUGCCAGGUGAUGAAAGAGAUCUUGCGUCUCCGAGUCACGCUAAUUCUUCCAAAGAUGUUUCGUCAUCUGCUGUUUUGAGAAGUCUCCAGGUAAAUGUGGGUCCUGAUGGCGAGGAAACAAGGGCACAGAAUGUACAGAAACCAUCAGAGCUUCUGUCAACUUCAGAGACUUCCAGUUUAUUGCAAGAUCUCCAGCCCAGUGACAGCACUUCGUUUAUUCUUCUCAACUUAACAAGAGCAGGGCUGGGGUCUCCAGCAGAACACUUGGUGUUUGUUCAAGAUGAAGCAGAAGAUUCUGGGAAUGACUUUCUCUCUCACGACAGCACUGACAGCAGCACCCCGUGGUUCCUGCGAGUGCAAGAAUUGGCCCAUGACAGCUUAAUUGCUGCCACGCGGGCGCAGCUCGCCAAGAAUGCCAAAGCAAGCAAUAAUGGUGAAAAUGUUCAUCUUUGCUCAGGAGAUGGGCAGCCAAAAGACUCUAGCCCCGUUCCUCAUUUAUCUCGUGUGGAAAGGAAGCUGAAGUGCACGGUUGAGGGCUGCGAUCGGACGUUUGUGUGGCCAGCACACUUCAAAUAUCAUCUGAAAACUCACCGGAACGAUCGCUCCUUCACCUGCCCGGCAGAAGGCUGUGGAAAAAGUUUUUAUGUCUUACAGAGGCUGAAGGUGCACAUGAGAACUCACAACGGUGAAAAGCCCUUCGUGUGCACGGAGCUGGGCUGUGGAAAGCAGUUCACAACAGCUGGAAACUUGAAGAAUCACCUACGAAUUCACACCGGGGAGAAACCAUUUCUGUGUGAGGCACAGGGAUGUGGUCGCUCCUUCGCUGAAUACUCCAGCCUUCGAAAACAUUUGGUUGUCCACUCAGGAGUGAAGCCCCAUCAGUGCCAAAUUUGUGGGAAGACGUUUUCCCAGAGUGGUAGCAGAAACGUGCACAUGAGGAAGCACCAUUCCCGGAUCGGGACAGCUGGCAGCAGAGAGCGGGAACAGCCAGAGUCACUGAUGGGGAGCAGUUUGCUGGAAGAAUCUACAGUGCACAGUAAGAAUCUCAUCUCCAUGAACUCUCAGCCUAGCCUCGGGGUUGAGUCUCUGCACUUGCCAGAUACUGAGUCUAUUAUUGGAGUGGAGGAGGGUGAGACCAGCUGCUCUUUUUUCCGCCCUCUUAUAUGUGGUGACUGAAGUGGGAUGGAUUAUUCCUCCUAGAGGCUCCUCAUGUUGCGGUGGGAUGAGUGAACGUUGCUUUUACUGUGCACAGCAGGGGUGGGUUGAUGAAGAAUGAAUCAUAAAACUGGAGUUGGAGAAGACCUCYUGGACCAAGUUUCUCUCUUGCAGAGCUUCAGGGGUGAAGUCUGCUGCUUAGGUGUCAUUUAGCCCAUGUUGUGGAGCCCCAUUUCAAAACUGUUACUGCAAUCCAUUCUCUUUCAGCCCGCAGCAUUUGUGUUGCUGGGGCACAUAGGAGCCCCAGCUCAGGACCAGGACCUCAUUGUGCUAGGCACUGUACAAACACUGAGUGUCUUGAGUAACAGGCCUUCCAACCUUUACCUUCAGAGACUAUAUUCUAAUACAUCUCACUGUCAGAAGCUGAUUUAG